AUGGAUCCUGAUGAAGUUACCGUCACCUCUGGUAGCAAGCAUCGUCGUCGUCCCAGUGAUGAUGGUGAUGCAGAGAUUACUCAUACCCCGAAGUACUCCAAGGAACCCGAUGGAUCUCAGCGCCCUUGUGCUCGUGAUUUUGAUGAUUUCACAAAGGAAAUUCUUGGUCUCGCGAUCUCCAUCUACCGUUGUCUCAUCUCCACUGAGGCCCCUUUCCCUGACACGAACACCCUUGAGACACAGCCGGCUCAACGUGCAUGGAAGAAGGCCUGCGAGAAGACUAGUUUGAAUGUCAUACUCACACCGACUCUUCUCAAGAUGAUCACAAAGUGCACCUCUCACCUUCGUGGUGAGUUAAAGACGAAGGUCCGUGCUCUCGUUGGUCCCUUCUAUAGUUUCCGCAGUGGCGAGAACAAGAAGAUUAUUGCCCGCAAUCACCAGCAUGCUGAGGAACUCAAGGAUCGAUAUCUGUUCGUUUACCAAGACAUGCAGAAGAAGACUGGCCUAUACAAGACUGAACUCUUGCCGAUGGUUAUCGGCGAUAUGUGGUUUGCUAACAAGCAUGAUGAGGGAGUGCACUUUCAUGAGAUGUUCAAUCCGAUGCCUAAGAUCACUAUUGCUCUGGUGCUUGCAGCGAUCGAGUGCUGUAUUGAUGAGUGGGCCAUGGGCAUCAAGGAGAAUGUGCAGUUCACUGCCCUCAGCUACAAGCCCAUCUUCAACGCUCAUCUAGAGUGUCUCGAAAGGUUUGAUAAGCACACUGUUCGGUAUAAAUUGCUUGGCCGGCUCUGUAAGAGCCUGCAUGCCAAUGCCCGCUUUCAUUCCAGCACAGAACCUCUCAGCAGGACCACUGUUCCUGUGCUUGGUCGCGAGCAAUUUGAUGCAGCGAUUCACGAGGAUCAGGGAUCAGAGACUAAAAGCGAUAGUGAUGAUGCCAGUGACAGCGUAACCGGGGUACACUAA